GAGGCGCAGGACAUUAGCAAACAGAUUGAGUCAGUCAGCUGAGGGAGGAAGAGUGAGAGAGAAAGAAAGAGAGAGUGAGAAUAGCUCACUGUUGAUUUGUUUGUAGCUAUACCGGUUUGAGAAAUCUAAUUUUUUGCACAGCAUGGCUUACAGGAAGAGGAGCUUCACUUUUGGAGCCUAUGGAGGAGUGGACAAAUCUUUCUCCAAGGCUAGAAGUCAUUGGAAACAUGAUGGCAGAAUCCCCCGAAUUUCUGAUGCAUUAGAGCCUCCUCUCCUGGGCCCCUCACUACCCCUGUCCCUUGCUCCUGGGCUUUUAAAGAACAGCAGGAUGGAUGAGCAGAGAUGCACGCUUCCACCUCCCCUCAAAACAGAGGAAGACUAUAUUCCCUAUCCAAGUGUUCAUGAGGUGCUGGGUCGUAAAGCUCCCUUCCCCCUGAUACUGCUGCCCCAGUUUGGUGGUUACUGGAUUGAGGGUACCAAUCAUGAGCUUGGUCCUGCCCCUGCUCCAGAGGAGCCGCCCCCCUGCCCAGCAUCGGAGGUUAAACUGGAGACUAACAGCACAGCGAAGAUCUACAGGAGACACUUCCUGGGCAAGGAGCACUUUAAUUAUUACUCUGUGGACACUGCACUGGGCCACCUCGUCUUCUCUGUGAAGUAUGACGUGAUUGGGGACCAAGAGCAUCUCCGUCUACUGCUUAGGUCGAAGUACAAAACCCACCAUGAUGUGAUACCCAUUUCCUGUCUGACUGAGUUCCCCAAUGUGGUGCAGAUGGCAAAGCUGGUGUGUGAAGAGGUGAACGUAGACAGAUUUUAUCCAGUCCUCUACCCAAAGGCCUCUAGACUCAUUGUGACCUUUGAUGAACAUGUCAUAAGCAACAACUUUAAGUUUGGAGUCAUCUACCAAAAGUUUGGACAAACGUCAGAAGAGGAGCUUUUUGGAAACACUGUGGAGAGUCCAGCCUUUGUUGAAUUUCUGGAGUUUUUGGGGCAGAAGAUUGAACUGCAUGACUUUAAAGGGUUUCGAGGUGGUCUAGAUGUCACACACGGCCAGACUGGAACUGAGUCGGUAUACCACAAUUUCCACAACAAGGAGAUUAUGUUCCACGUGUCCACCAAACUGCCCUACACUGAAGGAGACUCACAGCAGCUCCAGAGAAAGAGGCAUAUAGGAAAUGACAUUGUGGCUAUUGUGUUUCAAGAGGAAAACACACCAUUUGUACCAGAUAUGAUCGCAUCCAAUUUCCUGCAUGCUUAUGUGGUGGUGCAAGUGGAGAAUGCCUGCACAGACAACGUCCUUUACAAGGUGUCAGUGACGGCGAGAGAUGACGUGCCUUUCUUUGGACCUGCUCUCCCAGACCCAGCUGUGUUCAGAAAGAGUCCGGAGUUCCAUGAGUUUCUCCUGACUAAACUCAUCAAUGCUGAAUAUUCCUGCUACAAGGCAGAGAAGUUUGCCAAGCUGGAGGAGAGAACACGCUCUGCACUGCUGGAGACUUUGUAUGAGGAGUUGCAUGUGAACAGCCAGUGCAUGAUGGGAUUGGGAGGAGAGGAUGACAAGAUGGAGAAUGGAGGGGGAAGUGGAGGAGGCUUUUUUGAAUCUUUCAAGAGAGUAAUUCGCAGUAGGAGUCAGUCUAUGGAUGCUAUGGGCCUGAGCAAUAAGAAGCCUCACACUGUCUCAACCAGCCACAGCGGCAGCUUUACCCACAAUCCUCCAGACACCCCCAAAACACCAGGCAUUUCUUUGAUCAUCCCUGGGAAGAGCCCGACCCGGAAGAAAUCAGGCCCAUUCAGUUCCAGACGGAGCAGCGCCAUUGGAAUCGAGAACAUCCAGGAGGUCCAGGAGAGAAGUAGUAGGGAUGUGUCCCCUAGCACACAGAAAACACCUGACAGUGGGCACGCCUCGCAGGACCCCAAGUCUGAUAACUCUUCCAAUCAUAGCUCACCGGAGAUGCCCACCACUAGGACCAGUUCGGCUGUGUGUCGAGCACCUUCCAUCCCAGAGAAUCAUGAUCUGUCUCGUUCCUCGUCCAACGCCAGCAGCUUUGCCAGUGUGGUGGAGGAGAACGAACAAGAACAUGAAGCUGCAGAGGAAUAUGACACAGGACUGGAGAGCCUGUCCUCUGCCGGCACCCCUCAUAAGCGAGACUCGUUCACGUACAGCGCUGGUUGGCUGGAGGACAGCAUGAGCAGUACUAGCCAAGGCAGCUCACCAGCCCCUGUUCGGCCCAAAACAGAGAGACAGCACUCAGCAUCGAACUGCUAGGCUCUCUUCACAGAUUAUUUCAUGGAUGUCCAUCAGCAGGUUUGACUUUCUAACUCAGAUAUGCUGUGAGGGAAACACUUUGUUAGAAUCAUGCCUUAGGCACACUAACAAUCAUUAGUUUUUUAUUCAUAUUCUGUUCUAUGAUAGCCUCAUGGAACUUUAAAGCUAUAGUGAGUACAUUUGACUGAUGCUCUCACUGGCCACUUUAUUAGCAACUCUCUUAGAAAAAAGAUACUGAGCUGUCAUUGGGGUGGUAUGCUCAGGGUUACGUUUACAGCAGCUUUAGUUUGGGAACAUAAGUGUGCCAUAUUUUUUGCAACUAUUUUGUAAGUUGCAUUGCAAUUCCAUACAUCCUCUCCAGGCUUUUUAAAAAAGUUCUAUUAAAGAAAAGGUAAAAAAAGUCCUUAUUUAAGGUACACAUCAUUUUGUACCUUUAAGGGUAUGUUUAUAUUAUUUGCACCUUGAAGGUUUAAUAUGUACCCGGUCCCUUUUCUGACAGUAUAAACCUAUCUUGUAUCUACACUCAUUGUCUAUUAUAUCAAGUCAACUUACCAUAUAGGUGCACAAGUUCUGCAGUUACAGAUUGUAUUGCAUAAAUGAUCAAAGUGGCCAUUAUUUGUAUUUAACAGGUUAAUUGACCGGUAAAGCCCAUAUAUCUGGUUUUGAACAAACAGUUCAAAUUUUUCUCUUUCAGCAUUCCCAUAAGCAGCUCCUCCUAGUGGAGACGCUGUGGCUCCUCCAGAGACUCGGUGGAGGAGAGGAGCUGAUCGCUGAUCGUCAUAGCAACACGGCCCACAAUUAUGCCCGUGUGGCCUGGGAUCCCUGUCUGUCCCUGUUUUAAGGACACACCCCUUUUCGUCUGCAUCAUGUGACUGAUAAUGCCUCCCAGCAUGCCGUUUGGCCGCAGCAGGUUAUUGAGGCGGCCCUUCAAGCAGACGCCAUGGUAACAAUGCAUCGCUUAUUAUGGAGUGUGUCUCUAACAGUUACUCCUCUGUCUGCUUUACCAGGGUACGGCCUUAUGGCCUUAGCCACAUAGGCUCUGCACCCUUUCUCUCUCGCUCCUUUUCUUUCCUUUUCGCAUUAAGCUGCCACCUUCUAUUUUACAGGUUGCCCUGAUUUUGUCUUAUUGAUUGUUUCCGGUGUAUGUGCUAUUUAUUUAUUUAUUUAUUGAUGGUUAAGGUGGGAAGCAGACAGGGCGACUCUUCCAAAGCUCUCCAUAGUCUUACACUUCACAAAGCUCCUGACACAGAUAAGCCGACCCAGAACACAUAAGGAUGAAAGUGCACUGCACUAUAACACUCACUUACAUGCAGUUUUCCUUUUUUAUCAGCGGUAAAGUUUUUUUUAUGUUUGUCAGUUAUGAAUAAUGAUGUUGGUAACUGGAUAUUGAUAAAUGUUUUGUGUUGUUAUUAACUGUGAACUAUUCUGCUGCUUGUAUUGACCACAUAAGCCAUUUCAGAUCUCAUCAAAUGGACUAACUUGUGGUGGAAUUUUGUUUUUUUUUAAUUUUCCAAGUAUUGGUGAGUGCUCUCCUGACACUCAUUCCAUUGUUCAUGGCUUUGCUGACUUCUACAGUUAAUACUGAUUUUUUUUGUUUUUGUAGAAAUGUAUAUUUGCGUUGGGAACUGGUUCAGACUUUAAGAUUUCAUUGGUUGGUUCUUGUGAGCACAACUAGCUGCACAAAGUAGGUUACUAACAAAUGUCGGGAUUUUGCCUCUUAGCGUUUUUUGAAGAACUUAUUCACUGUGCUGUCUACUGUGAACUGUUCUGAAGUUGCCUUCUACAGCUUUACCUGCUCUGUCUGAAAUCCUACUGCGUCCUACAGAGGGGAACAGUAAGCUAUUUGAAUGUAAAUCCUGGAGGAGACUGGGUACUUGUCUGAUGUCUGAUCAGAAAUAAGCUCUGUCCAGUUAUUUCUGAUUAAGAUGUAAUCUAAUCUUUUCUGUUGGUUCCCUCGUUCACUGUAACUGACACACUUAUUUUUCCAUGAUGCUUUAAAUAUCAAGCAACUGUGUUGAUUCUGUAAAACAUUUCUUUGUUUCAUAUUAUGUAAUUUAUGGUUUGUAAAAUAUGAAAUGUUGAUUAAAUGUGAAGACAAACUUUUUAUGACUGGUAUCUAGUGAGCAACUGAAACUGAAGCAGGUUUUUGGCAGCAGGUCCAGAAUUUAGUCUUGAAUUGAAUGCACUGCUUAAAGGAGUUGGUCUUUUAAUGCCAUGUGAUUGCAGUUUGAGAGGAAAUAUAGCAAUUCAUACAAUAAAGGUCUGACGUUGCUGUGCGUUUUGCUGCCGCCUUCAAUGUGAUGUCAAAUAUGAGAUACAUGCGCCCUCCAGUGGUAGGGGCCUGUUAGUACACACUUUGUCUUUGUCAUUCAUCAGACUGUUUAUUGUAUGCUAGAAGUGACAGUAAGCUAAAAUUCAUUCCAAGCAGACUGAUAUUGCCAUUAUCAAACUGAUUGUACAUGUGUUUUCUCUGACAGUAAAUGCUUUGUGUGGUACUUGUAUAAAAAGCUUAAGUGUAAAUAAAGUACCCCCCACCCCCGCACAUGCUCUUUUUGUAAAUAAAAUGACAGAAAUCACGUUUCAUAAAGAUGACAGGAUCUGUGGAAUGUUUAUAUUGAUUUAUUGAUUUCUGCAGUGUAAAAUAAAAGGUUCUGUGUUA